GACUGGUUUGAUCUCCUUGCUGUUCAAAGGACUCUCAGGAGUCUUCUCCAGCACCACAGUUCAAAAUGCUGACCUGUCAGUAAAUUCAGGACAAGCUAAACCUCUAAGAAAUAAUGCCCCUUUUAUUUGGCCAUUUGAACAACAGUCAUUUGUAUAAUUUCUAGUUAUGAAUUGGGACAUUCACCACUGCCAGAUCAAGUAUGUCAAGCAACCAUAAUUGCUAAACUUGACCAGUGAUAGAUAAUACCAUUGCACCACUUUCUUUACUAACAUAUUCCUGUGUCUCUGAGAUUUUUCCUUUUCAUCUGGUACUUACCAUCUCUUCUCUGAUGCUACAUAUGCUUCUCUACAUCCCUCCUCCCUCAUCUUCAUUGUGAUUAUAAUUUAUCUGUACACUCAGAGUGCCAUACAAAGAAGAUGCUUGUAAUUUAUGUAUAAAUGUGUCUAAAUAUACCUGUGCCAUACCAGUCCCCCUCCUAAGUCUCACCUCUCCUUCAGUGACAUUUUAAUUCAGGUGAACUCCUAAAUUUAGAACCUUUGCAUAUUGCUUUUUUUCAUUUUGUGUCUCCCACAAGUUUUUUUGAAAUGUCUUUUUUUUUUUCUUUUUCCUCGCUCCUUAUACCCAUUCGUUUGUAGUCUCUCAUAGCCUCAGACCUGUAAUGCUUAUGCAGACACUGCACUGGUCUUCCUAACAGCAAUCUUCCUAUUACUGUCAAAUGAAUCUUACAGGUUCAACAAAUACAAACUGAGCACCUGCUUUGUGUUUAGUACUAUAUUAGGUGAUGAGUAUAUAUACCAGUUUGAACAGAAUAGGGUUUGCCAGUAAUGUGGCUGUGUUAAGUAGAAUUUGAAACCAAAGGAAAGAGUGUUUCACCCUAGAAGAUGCAGAUUCCCAGCAUUAGCCCUAUUGAAUGGGGCCGAGAUUAUUCUAAUACCAUGAAGCUUGCAGUUUGAAAGGUAUUACUGUUAGUAUUUUGAGUGUUACAAUAGAAGAACUAGGUUACAGGUUCAGUAGAGACAACUGUUCUGUUCUAAGGAGUUAGGAAAGGGCCCUCAGAGGAAAUAAGAGUCAGAAUUGGCUGGGAAUAGUGUUCUGGACUAAAGAAAUAACUGUAGUAAGGCUUGGAGUCAGUAGAGUGCUAUUAUAAAGUAGGCACUGAGCAGUAUGAGUGAGACCUGUAUUCUGCUGUCACAAGAUGGUAUUCUAUGGGCCUUUGUAACUCAGUGUUCUAAACUCUAAAGAUUGGGCUUCAGGAACCAGAUGUCACUAGAAACUGUUGGUCGUCUCGUGAUUCUCAACUAUGGAGUUAAUGAAGACACAAAGUUCGAGGUGAACUUACUGAUGCACUGAAAUUGCGGAGCUACUUCUCACGGGUAGAUCUUAUAUACCCACUGAUCUCACAUAAGAUUGAGUGACACAUGGGAAGCCAAGUAAGAGUAUGGAAUUAGAACAUGGGAACUUUCUCCAAAGAAAUUGCUUCACAACAGGACAAAUACGCAGUUUUUACAAAGACACCGUCUCCAUGGUCUGCCAAAAUGUCUGAAAGAUCAGAUCUCCUUCACUUCAAGUUUGAAAAUUAUGGAGAUUCAAUGUUACAAAAAAUGAACAAAUUAAGAGAAGAGAAUAAAUUUUGUGAUGUUACAGUUCUCAUAGAUGAUAUUGAGGUACAGGGGCAUAAAAUUGUGUUUGCUGCAGGUUCCCCCUUCUUAAGAGACCAGUUUUUACUGAACGAUUCGAGAGAGGUGAAAAUCUCCAUAUUGCAGAGUUCCGAAGUGGGGAGACAAUUGCUCUUGUCGUGUUAUAGUGGUGUGCUGGAAUUCCCUGAGAUGGAACUGGUCAAUUACUUGACCGCUGCGAGUUUUCUUCAGAUGAGUCACAUUGUAGAACGGUGCACGCAGGCCUUGUGGAAGUUUAUAAAGCCAAAACAGCCAAUGGAAAGUAAAGAGGGAUGUGAACCACAGAGUGCUUCUCCCCAGUCGAAAGAACAUCAGGGAGAUGCCAGAGGCUCCCCAAAGCAGGACUCACCUUGUAUUCACCCAUCUGAAGACAGUAUGGAUAUGGAGGACAGUGAUAUUCAGAUCGUUAAGGUAGAAUCUAUUGGGGAUGUAUCAGAGGUUAGAAGUAAAAAAGAUCAGAACCAGUUUAUUUCUUCUGAACCUACUGCUUUACAUUCAUCUGAGCCCCAGCACUCUCUGAUAAAUUCAACUGUGGAAAACAGAGUAAGUGAAAUAGAGCAAAACCAUCUCCACAAUUAUGCCCUCUCUUACACAGGCAGUGAUAACAUCAUCAUGGCCUCAAAAGAUGUCUUUGGGCCUAAUAUUCGAGGUGUAGACAAAGGCCUGCAGUGGCAUCACCAGUGCCCAAAGUGUACCAGGGUGUUUCGUCACCUGGAGAACUACGCCAACCAUUUAAAAAUGCACAAACUCUUUAUGUGUCUACUCUGCGGCAAGACUUUUACUCAGAAAGGCAACCUUCAUCGACACAUGCGUGUGCAUGCCGGCAUUAAACCUUUCCAGUGUAAAAUCUGUGGGAAAACCUUUUCUCAGAAGUGUUCCUUACAGGAUCAUCUUAACCUUCACAGUGGAGAUAAGCCCCAUAAGUGUAACUAUUGUGACAUGGUUUUUGCACAUAAGCCAGUUUUGAGGAAGCACCUUAAACAGCUGCAUGGCAAAAACAGCUUUGAUAAUGCCAAUGAAAGAAAUGUGCAAGACCUCACUGUGGACUUUGAUUCUUUUGCGUGUACAACAGUCACAGACUCAAAAGGGUGUCAGCCACAGCCUGAUGCGACACAGGUCCUGGAUGCAGGUAAACUGGCCCAAGCUGUCCUGAACUUAAGGAACGAUAGCACUUGUGUGAAUUAAAUAGGGCCUUUGUGCUCCUAACUAGGACUGACUACAAAUGUGGCAAUAGCCUGAGUCUUUUUAGGAGUCAUUUCGCUAAUCUGACUUCUCCAGAGCCUCUGUGCAGGUUGUGGGGGUGAGUCAAAGCACUAAUAGACCAGGCAGCUUGCCACUUGGAGUGGUCUUGCCUGCCUUUUGCCCUUUCCCAUGUUCUGUUCUGAAUUAUUUAUCCUGUGAUGUCUGUUUUCCUUCCCAAGGAGUACUCCAUUUGUCUACCCAACAUCAGCUUAUGUCUUAGACGGACACUGUUUUAGACUUUCCACUGGGCACAUUCUGAAGGAACCAAGAAGUUAGUAACAUCACCUCCACUCCACCAAUAGACGCUAUGCUAAGGGAAGCAAAUAAUCUUUUUCUUUGGUAGGAAAUAAGCUGAGAUAUAAGGUGAUAUUGCUAUCAGCCUGAAUAUGUGAUAUAACUUCUGGUUCUAUCAGAACCACUGAUAAUUCAUCUAUGUCUGAUAAAUGAAUGAAUCUACUUAUCCUGGAGCUGGCUAUAAAGAAGUAUUUUAGAUUAUUCUGUGCUCUUUUCAACAGUUUAUGGCUCAGCUUCAUGUGAUUGAAGUUCACAUAGACCAGAGUACAAUAUUUCCAUCAAUACCUGCAGAUAGGAAUCAUCAUUGGGGAGCAUAACCAAUAAAGGGUGUUAGUUCUACAACAGUACUUAUUUGGGAGGUCUUCCCCCAAAAGAAGUCAAAUGCUUAUAAUUAUUCUGUAGCUUACUUGGUGAUGCUUUUGGAAUCAGGAUUGCUCCAGCUACACUUAAAGUGUGAUAACAUAUAUAAUGGUCUAAAAGGGGGCCAUGUGGAGUCAGUCUCUAAACUUUGUUAUAGAAGUUUGCUAUUGGUAAGGUGAGUUUGGCCUUCAGAGUUUUGUCCAGUAUAUUGUAAUAGUCUCUGAAUUCUCAUUUCUUUGUGUACCUUAAUUUCUAAAGUGAAUGAAAAAAGUGGGUCACAGAAGGAGCAGUCAGAUUUUUGCAUUUAGAUGUUCCUAUAAUGGUACACAGUCCCACCUCAUCCCCUUUGACAGAUCAAAUACAAAGUUGAUCUUCUGUUAUGGGAAAACAAAACUGUUUUUCCUAAGCACAUGUUCAGAAAUAAAAUUUUGAGUCUUACUCAUUUCUGACCCAUGAGUUAGAUUUAGAUAAUAGGAGUGUUUGAGUCCAUAGAGAAUCUUAAGAAAUCAUUUAGCCUGCCUCUCUUUUUUUAAGUUGGGGUAUCCAAAGCCCAAAGAGGUAGCCUGGCCAAGGUUGGUCAAAGUAGACUAAGGAGGCUAAAUAUGAGCUAAGGUCUCCUCACUUCUCACUGUCCCUUGGCUUAAAAAGAUUUAGUACAUGGUCAAGAAUACUUUAGCAAAAAGUUCCUAGUUUGUGCUUCCCCUCUGUGCAUCCUUGUUUGCUUUCUAAGAUAGCCUCGAUUUUGCAAACAGAACAGUCAUGGAAGGAUUUAUUUUUGUAAGGUAAUUAUUUUUUGUUUAGGAUGAAUAUUACAGUCUUCCUAAGCAAGCAACUGAUUUGCUGGGUGUUGAUUAGUAACAGAAAGGACAAGUAACAAUGUGAGAAGGAUCCAAAUGUGAAACUAAUUUUGUCUGGAAACUGUUUAGUUUCUGUCAGGAUUUUCUGUUUUUUGUUUCUGAGCUGUAAGAGUCCAUGUAUAGAUGAACCAAAAAUUAACUUGAGUAGUCAGAGGGUAUUCUUAAUGUUGUUAUAAUUUGAUGCAUUUACACAUGAAUCUGAUUUGAAAUAUAAUUUCUACCAUUUGUUAAAAGGUUUUAAAUGAGAAUAAAAUGGAGUGAUAAGACUAAUAGGUAUCUUAUGCCUAAUGUCACUCAUUAUAUGAUCUAAUGAUGCUACCUAGCAUUCUGGUUUUUAUAUGAUCCAGCCAAAGAGUACCAAUUCUAUGCAAUAGUGAGACACUAGCAUGUUAACCAAUGUUUCACUCUUCUGUCUAAACAUCAUUUUAUCACGGGGAAAUUUCAAGUUGGAGUGCUUGAUUUGUGUAAAUUCAUGUCUUGUUUUGUAACUGGUUUGAAAACUAAAAGGCAUGGGUUCAAAUAAAAUUGGUCUCUUUGGUUGGAGACUAUUUCUGGAUUCAUUCAGGCAUUCAGGAGACAUUUAUUGAACACAUAUUAUUGCUAGGCACUAUGCUAGAUACUGAGAAUUUGAAGAUAACAUUGUUAUGGUCUCCGCCCUCACAGAGCUUACAGUCUCAUGUAGUCUUAGUGAGAUAAGGUAUCAAUUUGGUUUUAUCCUAGGAAGAAUAAAGAAAACUGCCUUGCUUUCUUUGAUCACUUAAAAUCAGCCUCUUGAUGGUUUUGUAUGAGUAAAACUUGUAGUUCUCACCUUUUUCAAUUGCAAACCACUGAAGUGGUUUAGUCUCCCCCAUUUCUUGGCUGGAGAGGUGUUCUGUUUCUGUGAGACAUUUUCUUAAUUUUGGUGGUACUUGAGUUUUUCUUUGUUUAUACAUGUUUCUUAGAUUAUAUUGCAAAGUGAUCAAUUUACUGAUAUCGAAUAUGUUUUACAGAGGAAGAUGACUUUCAAAACUAGUUGUAUUCUUGUAGCGGACGAAGAUUUUUUAAAACCUUAGACAUUCAGCAUUUGUAUUUUAUGGAUCCCCAGGAUAACUAAAAAUGAGAGGGUUCUGUUUUCCUUAGUUUGGUUUUUUAAAAAAUCACUGUGUCACAGUUAUUUAUUUAUUAUUUAAUUUUAAAGGCAAACUCCAAACUGAAGUGGCUCUGAGGUAAAUCAGAUGUGGUUUUAAUUUGUUUUAGUUUAUUAGAAGAUCUAUAAAUGGAGGGUGAUCACCAUCACUACUUCUAAAAUAUUGUCCUAAACAAACAACCCAGAACAUUUUAUUUCAGCUGGUGAAUAGCUGUUCUAAAUCUGUUGUAUGUUAGACAUACUGUGAACUACCUCUUCACUUAUUAUGGGGAAGUUUCCUUAAUAAAAGUGUGACAAUUCAAA